ACCUUAUUUUAAUUGAUUCUGGAGGUUCAUAGGCGGGUGUUUCGGUUUGCACUCAAACGUGACAACGAUAACAUAAAUACUGUUGCGCCAAUGUUAUUGAUGAACAAAAAUGAGCACGAAGCAAGUCACCUGCAGGUAUUUUCUCCACGGAGUCUGCCGAGAGGGGAAUAGGUGCAUGUUCUCUCAUGACCUGACCACCAGUAAACCUUCAACCAUCUGUAAGUUCUACCAGAGAGGUGUGUGUGCCUACGGAGACCGCUGCAGGUAUGACCACAUCAAGCCAUCUGGUGGUGGUGGUGGAGGAGGAGGGAGAGGUGUGCCCAUGGACCUCCCUAACAGAAACCCCAUCACUGCUGGGGCCUUCAUCCCCCCUGGGGUGCCUGGACCUCUCGCCCCCACUGCUCCCCAAGCCAGGCAUCAGGGGGGGAAGAAACCGCUGGUGCUGAGAGAUCGAGCCCUGGGGUGUGACAGUACAAUGAUGCCAUUCGGUGGGGGUGGCUCAGAGGUGGACUGUUGGACGGAGUACCAUGACAACAGUGCCCAUGCCAAACCUCCACACUCCUACCUGGAUGCCAUCAGGACCGGUCUGGAGUGUUCUGCCACGGCCGGCCCCUACCAUGUCGCUGGCCCCCAGCCACAGCUCUGUCCCUACGCCGCUGCAGGACAGUGUAACUACGGAAACACCUGUCCCUAUCUCCACGGUGAUAUGUGUGAUAUCUGCCGUCUGCAGGUGCUCCACCCACACAACCCUGAGCAGAGGAGAGCUCACGAGAAGAUGUGUAUGUUGGUGUUUGAGGCGGACAUGGAGAAGGCGUUUGCAGCGCAGCACAGCCAGGACAAGGUGUGUUCUAUCUGUAUGGAGGUGGUUUAUGAGAAAGCCGCUGCCUCAGAGAGACGCUUCGGGAUCCUCUCUUCCUGCUGCCACACAUACUGCCUCUCCCUCAGAACAAGUGAGUUGACCAAGCAGUUUGAGAACAAGAUCAUCAAGUCAUGUCCAGAGUGCAGAGUGGUGUCUGAGUUUGUCAUCCCCAGUGGUUACUGGGUGGAGGACCAGGAUGAGAAGAACAGACUGAUAGAGGACUUCAAGUCUGGAGUCAGUAAGAAGGCGUGUAAGUACUUUGACCAGGGCCGGGGAACCUGUCCGUUUGGAGGGAAGUGUUUCUACAUGCAUGCUUACCCUGACGGAACACGGGCCGAGCCGGACAAACCCCGCAAGCAGCUGGGCUCUGAGGGGAACGUGAGGUUCCUGAACUCUGUCCGUCUGUGGGACUUCAUCGAGGAGCGCGAGCAGCGCAGUGUUGCCCAGCCGCAGGAAGAUGAGGUCAGCGAACUGAGAGAACUCUUCAUGCAGAUGUCUGGUCCAGGAGGGGAGGAGAGCAGUGCAGUGUCUGCCCAGCCCUGAGCCCUCAACCUGGGGCCCUAACUACCUGUUAUCCAGGCCUAGCCCCAGCACUCUGACCAACGGCUCAUAUCAAAAUGCAAACAUACAUACGACACUGGACAAUAAAAUGUACUCACUAGUAAGCCUUUCAUGUUGAUGGUUUCAGGCUUUUUUUAAAUGAUAUUUUUACUCAUGGUACAUUUGUGUGGAAAAUAACAUAGUAAAUCUGUACAUAGAGCUGUAAUGGUUCUGUUAGAGAAGCUGCUAUAUUUUCUGGAUAUGUUUUAGAUAAUUUAUCUCUGGAAGGCUUUUUAUAUGAAUGGGGUAGACAUCUAUAGAAUGAACCAUAAGGUCAUAGUUUUCAAGUACAGUGAAAUGCCUUUACUUUCUUUUCAUUGGAUCUAUAGAAUCAGUUUGAGGUUGUUUAGAUAGAUCAGACAGCCUCUCAGCCAGGCCACAACAUGUGUUACAGUUAGGUCACAUAUAGACAUUUUUAAAAGAAACAAAACGUGGAAUUCAAAUCAAUGCACCCAGGGGCUCUAUUCAAGCUGGAUUGCUGAAGUGAUAGGAAUUACUUUCAUUUUCGAUUGAGCCGACAUAUUCAGUGUUCACUGUAAUAAUAAUAAUAAUAAUAAUAAAUGCCAUUUAGCAGACGCUUUUAUCCAAAGCGACUUACAGUCAUGUGUGCAUACAUUCUACGUAUGGGUGGUCCCGGGAAUCGAACCCACUACCCUGGCGUUACAAGCGCCAUGCUCUACCAACUGUGCUACAGAAGGACCACUGUGAAUGCGGUCUCUGCUGACGCAGUAACCUUUAAAUUUAAAUGCUGCUGUAAGGCUGAACUUCCACAAUACGGAUUGAAUAGAGCCCCAAGUCUGUUACAUACUCGUUGUCCAUGAAGGUAUGGUGUGUUAAUUUAGAGGCUUUUACAUUUACGUUGCAACUAGUUCUAUAGGAACUAUUUAGUGUUGAUGGAUGCACACAUUAUGAGGUUUAGUGACUUUAUCCUUUUAAUGGUAUAAAAUGAUGUUGACCUUAUUAUCCUACAUCAUUCGUCUAUAGUAAGAGAAUAAAGCAGACCCUGGGUGAUCUAUCAGUCAGCCUGUAGAGGUGCAGAGGAAUGAGCUCCUACCAGUAGUCGUCUCUAUUAUCUAAUGUAUUGAGUGAAGCUGCCUGGGGAGACUAAACUAUAGUGUUUAGAUAAUAUUAUACUACCGUGUUUAAUGUAUAUUCUAUGGGAAAUCAGAAUCACUAUGUUGGCUUUUAUUUAUCCAAUUUCUUUUCAGUUUGAAUGAUUAUUUCCAAAAAGAAAUUCAAUAGCAGCAGUCCAUUCAUUCAAUAAAGAAAAUGUUUGACAGCA